CAAACAGGUUGGUUCUUAAGUCGAUCCAUCUUUCUCUCUUUCUCUCUAACAAACCACCUAGAACACAAAGUCCGAGCGUCGACAAUGCCCCUAGAAAAGACGAACCCCUCCACCUCUCCCGGCCCCGCAACAAGGCCCGUUAUCGGCACCGGGUCCCGCAGUGUCUCGGUCGAAGGUCCUCCGCCGGGAGCCGCCAUCCCACCCAACCGUCUCCAGAAACAACAAGAUCAACAACAACCACCCCUCAACAGCUCACCAACAUCCUCUACAGGGCACUCGCGCGGCCGCAGCACUUCCAGCCAACCUCCAGUAGCACAUCAUCGCACGCCCUCGGCAGAGCCACCGCGCAUCGUUUCCACUUCGGUAGACUCGAGGCCGACAUCAACACAUUCCAACGGCAGCGAUGACAGUGGCCCGACAGCACAGAAGCACAAGCAGAGGAGGAGUUGGUUCGGAGGCCGAUCAAGGUCCAACUCCGAGGUCAACAAGGGAGACAGCAAUGCCGCCUGGAUUGUUGCGCCAGACAGCAAGGCCGAUUACAGCACUGCGAACCUCCUGAAUGGUGAAAAGGUACCGGAACUCUGGAACGAAUCUGGAAACCUCUUCAUCUACCUUCAUUCCCCAGAGAGUGGCCGCGGCCCAUCAUUCAAAGUCCACGAUUACCUCGUCAGCUCGUCGCAACGAUUGCUGUCCGAGAUUACCGGGUUCAACAACCCCCGGAAAGCUAGUGCCGCCGGCAGCCUUCUCACAGUCGACGACGCCACCAACAGGCGACCAGUACCACCGCCAUCGGCCUACGGCGCCAACCCGAAUGAUGGACACCUCUACCUCCCGCUUGAAAAUACGAGCCUCGACAGUCUCGUCGCAGCAAGGAAUUUGUUUGCUCUAUUGACCAGCCAGCCCAUCAUUGCCACAAACACAUACCCGACAUUGUUUGCGACACUACUCCAAGUGGCUGCCCUGCUCAAGAACUUGGGCUUCAGAAACCAUGACGGAUCAACGUUUGGCGAACAGGUCGAUGCGGCCUUCAACUCUUUCUUGGACCAGUUUGGCGUUUCGGAUGUGAGAGGCAGCCGCGAGAAGACCAUCCAGGCUAUCAUCCUGGGUGAGCACAUGCGGUCAUGGACUCUCUACAACGAAGCCUUCACCCACGCUGUGGGCAAGUACGAGUCCAUCCAGGAUCUCAAGCUACCCAUUUACAACAGUGUUUCAGUCAGCACCAGAAACAGGCUUGAGCGCGCGUAUCUGGAUCUCACCAACAGACAGGCCAAUGCCAACCUUCGUCUCGAGAGCUUUGAGUUCCCUUCCCUGUUCGCAGGCAUUGGUAGCUCGACAUCCAGUGAGGAGGCCAAGCACCUCAACUUCAAGGAAUGGCAAAAAUCUUUCGGCAAAAUGCGCACUUUUGUGCUCAGCUACUACAAAGACCUUUUUGGUAACUGGCCACCUAAGGCGCGAAGCAAGAAGAACCAGUUCUCCCAGAGUGGUCUCAACCGACAAUGCCUAAAGAUGCUUUACUCCGACUGCUGUGCGCUGUACGACCUGCUCGUCGACCGCGAAUCCAUCACUCCCCGUGUUAUCGACCAGAAGUUCGACGACGGUGUCGCGGAAGCCGAAGCUGAGAGGGAGAAGGCCAAGAACGCCAACGAGAUCGAGUACGAACUCUUCCUGAUGCGCUCCGCCCUGCGCACUAUGCUCUCCGAGUUCGACCACUCCUCUCCACCCGUCCUACCGCCCAUCCCCUUCGACUGCCCCAAGAUCCCCUCCAUGACCGCCAUCCACGAGAACUACCGUGAACUGGACGCCAAGAAGCGGGCCAAGCUCGACCGCAAGCUGGCCUCCAACGAGCUGCUGCUCAUGCUUAUCAAGUCCCGCAACAUCGACACCGACGCGCUACAGCUCCCCUUCCUCCAAGCCUUCAAGGAGUUCGAGCACAAGGAAGCCAAGGGCGUCAACCCCUCUGACAUUGCCAACCAGCGCGUCGGCUACUGGCUCUUCCUUUACGUCGUUCUGCAGUCCCUGCCCAUGCUCGUCGUCGACGCUCCCGGCCUCCACUGGACCGAAGGAGUCGAGUACUUCCUCUGCGAAGCGCCCCAGGGCAACCCGCCCUGGAUGGAAGACGCCGGUGAAGUCCGCAAGAUGUGGUACCAGACCAACAAUGGCCAAGGCAUCGUCGAGCUGUCCGCGGACGUGGUCAUGUUCUCCGUCGAAGGCAUCUACAUGCGCUCGCACUGCUGGCUGGCAGCCAAGGAAUGGGAGGCCACUUUUCUCCCAGCAUCUGCCGCGGCCGCCAUCAACCAACCACUCGACGCCGCCGCCGCCGCCAUGGGCGAGGGCAUCACCCCCCUGGAACCACCCCGCCCGGUAUUCCAAGACAACGACCCCUUCUUCGCGGGCCAUCAGCGCUCCGGCUCAAGGCCACAAAGCAGCUACGUAGGCGGCGGCACGCCCGGUUCCGAGCCCGCUUCCCCCCACCUCCGUCCGCGCACGGGAUCACCAGCAAACCGCGGUGUCUCAGCCUAUAGAUCUAGUAUCGCCAUGGGCCUCGAACCCCUCGACUUCAGCCAAUUCGGUCCCAACGGCCCCUCGUCUCAACAAGAGGCAGAAUUCAUGCAAUCUCUCGCUCCCGGAGGUGGCCAAGACCGCAGCUCCCGCGUCUUUUCUACUCCCGCCAACAUCCCCUCCGGAGGUGGCCGUCCCGACUCCUCCAACUCCAACGGGUUCCAACCCGCUCAUGGCCAUCGCGCUAGUUCCGUUGGCAGCGCCCAGACUCUUGCGGCGCUGGGUAACUUGAGCGUUGGCGAGUCGCAGGGGUAUAAUGAUGGGAGGUCCAGCGCCCCGCCGGCGGCGUAUAGAGAUCCUUCUAGGGGAUCGAUUGCUAGUAUGAAUGGUCAACAGGUGCAGCAGCAUCCGGGGUCGAGUGUUAGUCCUAGUCCAUUGGGGAGGGGAGAAUCACCGCCGAGGCAGUCACCUCCUAGGCAGGUAGCCCAACCGGCGCCGGUGCCCAGUAAUGGGGGGAGCACGUUUGAUGAUAUUUUGAAGGGGAUGGAGGGGCAGAAGAAGAAGAAGAAGGGUCUUUUCUUUUGAGAUAUAUGAUUUUGAGCGUGGAAGUUUGAAGCCAGGAUAAAAACAGAGCGUGUUAUGUGUUUUUGAGCGCUCGUUGGUUGGAAGAAGUUGGAAAAGGAAGGGAUAGGGAUGGAUAUACCACAACUGCUAGUAUACCUCACACUAGUAGCACGUAGAUGGGGCUUUGUAAUCAGUGAAAUAGUUUCUUCAUGGUUACUUACUACUUACAUACAUUUGUAUUUGUACGGUUUCGGAAAACUCAUUACGGAAGGAAGCAUGGCUUUGGGAGGAAAAAAAGCAUCAAGUAGUUAUCAACAUUAGGACUUACCUAUAAAGAGAAAAGUUUAAUGGUUCAAA